CCGAUGUGUUUUAUAGAAGUGAAUAACAUGCCGCUUUUAAGGAUUAGCUAUAAUAUUGUUUCUAAUAUAUGGAUUUUUUUCUAACAAAAUUAAUUCGUAUUUCGAUUUAAUCUAAAUUGAAUAUUAAUAUAUACAAUUACGAUUAAAUAUUGCAAUUCUAAUAUCUUAUUUGGCAUUGUUUUUAGUAUGGAUGGGCCGGCGGUGUUAUCAAUGCCGCCGCUGACUCCUUCGCAAAAACCGGCUCAGUCGCCGCAGCCGCAAUCGCAUCCGAAGCAAAAUCAGGAGUUGCAGGUGGGCACCGUGUCGCUCUACGGGAUCCAUAUCGUGUCGCUGGUGAUCGAGGGCCAGGAGAGGCUGUGCCUGGCGCAGAUCAGCAACACCCUGCUGAAGCAGUUCAGCUACAACGAGAUACACAAUCGUCGGGUGGCGUUGGGCAUCACCUGCGUACAAUGCACGCCGGUGCAGCUGGAGAUACUCCGUCGUGCCGGCGCGAUGCCGGUGUCCUCGCGCAGAUGCGGCAUGAUCACUCGCAGGGAAGCGGAGCGCCUCUGCAAGUCCUUCCUCGGCGACAACGCGCCGCCCAGAUUGCCCGAAGACUUCGCGUUCUCCGUCCAUCACGAGUGCGCCUGGGGCUGCCGCGGCGCUUUCCUGCCCGCUCGUUACAAUAGCUCGCGCGCCAAGUGCAUUAAGUGCGCAUAUUGCGGCCUGUUCUUCUCGCCGAACAAGUUCAUCUUUCACUCGCAUCGCGUCAACCCGGCGGAUAAGUACGUGCAGCCGGAUGCGGCCAAUUUCAACUCGUGGCGCCGGCACAUGAAACUGUCGGGCAAUCCACCGGACGAGGUGGUGCACGCCUGGGAGGACGUGAAGGCAAUGUUCAACGGCGGCACCAGGAAACGCCUGUUGGGCAACUCAAACGGCUCCCGGGAAUCGCCGAGCCCGGCGAAGCAGCCAAGAUCCUCGCCGACCAGCACCGCACAGAUUCCCACGCUGGUGCCGACGCCGGCGCAUCCCCGAGUCCCGCCAUUUCCGGAACUACCCCUGCCGUUGUCACGCAGCCUCGUCAUGGAUUAUGUGUGGCAUCAGCAUCAGCAGGCGGCGGCGGUCGCCGCCGCUAAGACACCCGGCCCGUUCGCCUUUCCACCCUACGCUCUGCCCUGGCUGGCCAAGCGGAGUCCCGUUCUGUUUCCUGGACCGCUACCGCCGCCGAUGAGCGGCGCCAGCCCCACAGAACCCCUGAUUCCGACCGUGAAUCCAUCGUUGCAUCAAUCUGCGUUCCGUCCGGUGAUCCGCGGGCCGCCCAUUAUCGAGCCGGCGGUCAUCCCGGAGCGACCGGCGGACGCCGGCCAGAAAGAGGAGAAUUCCGACGACGAGGUCGAUAUCGAGACGACGGAGGACGAUCCGGUGACGCCGCUGAACGCGAGCCUUCAGAAUCUUCAUUCGGCCUCGAAUUCCGCCAUGAGCAGCCACAGCGGACGAAGUACAUCGCCGCAGUGCUGGAGUCCUCCGCGAGAAACGGAACGGGAGGCUGAAAAGAUCGCCGAGGAAGCCGCGGCUCUACGCGACGUGAAAACGGAAUUGCCGCCGGCGAGAAGUCCCGACAGCUGGCACAGCAAUCCUUACUAUCGGCAUCUCAACGUCUUGAAGGGGAACGAGCCGGCGGAAAGAGCGGGCUCCGAUUGCUCGGCUUGCCGUCCGCCACGCGGCAUGUUUUACGGCCAAGUCCACAGUCCGUCCGCGUCGACCAAUUAA